UGUUUAGGACUGCUCUCCUCCUUUUGCGAUAGUAACAAAAAGAGCGACGAAGGAAAGAAUAGAACGAUAGUGGUUGGCUAUAUAGGAGAGGCUCAAUUCCAUAAACUUGCUUGUUGGGAACAGCUUCAGUCGGCGGGAAGCUUUGAAGCGACCAGUCAGGAGCGCGCUAGAGAGAAAUUAAAUAGGCGUAGCUAUAGUCACCAUUUAGCAACAACAGUAACGUGGAAAAAGGCUCACAGUUUAACACGCAUACAAAAGACGUCUGCAGUGUAGGUUUAAGCGCUUGUAAAUAUGAUUUGAAGCUUCUUUUUUGUGUAUGAUAAAUUAUGAUUUUUCCUAACGGAAAACAAUUAGUAUCGACCAAACUGUUGAGGCUCAGCAAAAACCAGAUGCGAGAGACCAUCGUUGGCGAUCGAGGAAUCCUGGUGUGUAGUGCCCCGCUAAGGACCUCAUAGUAACAACAGAAUCGUCGAUGGAAACAGACACUUCGUCGGUUUAAGUAGGGACCGGCGCGUCUGCAGAUUCGAAUGUUGUUGCGGAGAGGGUGACGUACAGCCAAAGUUUUGGUUCGCAGACAGGCGGCUAUUUUUGUGUUCGGUAACAGGCAUGAAGGGAUGGGGGGGGGGACUGUUUUAGAAGUCCAGCUGAUGUGACAGCUCCAAAAAAAAGGUUGCUAUAGACACAAGUCAUGGGAUCGAAUCAUAAGCAAUUAACUGCUCGGGCCGUGGAUGAUCUGAACCAGCGAUGGGGCGCUGUAGAAUCAGCUCUUCGCAUGGCCGUACUACAGGGAAUCGAACCCUCGGAUACGGUCGCACAGCAUGUUCGUGUGCUAUGUGGACAAGCUGAUGGUAUGGGCAGAAUAGCGCAACUAUGGCUGCUCACCCUGGCAGAGAAAGUGAUCAAAAAGACGAUGAGAACGUUCUUCGCUGGAGUAACGACUGUAGAAGAUAUUCUGCCAGCGCUAGAGACUAUGACCAUUGACGUGAAUAGACUGCUGAGUGCCGCUCGGUGGUUGGAAGCGCAGUGUCAAAGUGUUGCAGAGAUCGGGGAAGAAGCGAUGGAGGCCGAAUCUGCUGACUGUUCCCCUUCCAAGGGCCCGCAGCUUUCCUGUAGCCAGUCCGAGGGAAACAAAGACCGGAUGCUCCCUAAGACUGAGCUUCUUGAAGUCGAGGUUCUCGAAGCGGUGUCGCGAAUUUCUAGCGCUCAGCUUACGCCGCAGGUUGAUGCGUUUAUGUUGCAGCUGUUUCAGCAAUCGUUUCGAGCGUUUCAUAAGACCCAAAGCCGCGAAGAUUGUUCGGAAUUGGUCUUCUGUCCGGGAUGUGGUGCCGAUAUUGUCGAGGACGAGGACACGGCUUGUAGGUGCGCGCAGCUGAUGCGUGACUUCGUGCGAGUCAAUGAGCUGCUCGACAAGACCCACGUUUUUCCGACUUUGCUACAUGACUGCGUGCGUAGUGUGGCAUUCGAACGCAUCCGAGGACAUGUCCGCGAUACAUGCCAGGGCGACUUCGAAAGCAAGUGUGCCGCUAAUCUCGAAACGUGGCUUAAUGACACAGUUGGCGCAUGGUUACAAACCAUUGCAGGUCCAGCUUCAUCGGUUGUGUCCACUUUCAAGAAGCACCUACUCUAUUUCCUGUUGGAUAUCUUUAUUGAUUUUCGCGCAGGGCAGUUAUUUGAUAUGAUUGUCGAUUUUCCCGACUCGCAACCUGCCCUCGAAGAUCUCCGUGAUUGCAUAGCCAAGGUUCGCAGCGUCGACAAGCUCGUAGCCAAACUUCGCGAAGCUAUGGAACGCCGGUUGUUUCAUCCCGGGGUGAAAACUGCUGACAUUAUUACGGCAUAUGUAUCUACGAUCAAGGCACUACGGAUUCUGGACCCGUCAGGCGUCAUUUUGCAGUCAGUUUGCGAGCCGCUCUCAUUAUACCUAAAGUCACGCGACAAUCGUGACAACACCGUUCGGAUAAUUGUCUCAUCGCUCACAGACGAAAAUAACGUUGAGCUGAGCGCAGAGCUCGCCAAGUGUAGUCAGAAAGGUCCUAUAGAUUCGUAUGGUGGGUCCUCAGACGAUGAGGAGGGUGAUGGCGAUUGGCAGCGAUGGGUUCCACACGCUAGGGUGUCAAAGAUGAUCAGAUCGUCCGACAUAAUCACAUUGCUCGUGAAUAUCUACGGUUCAAAGGAGGUCUUCGUCGAAGAAUACGCAUCGCUACUGGCUGAACGACUUCUUAAUGGAACCUCCGACACCCACAAAGAGAUUCUCUAUAUGGAAUUACUCAAGAUCAUUGAAGAGAAGUUGCAAGGGCAACUUAGGAUUCCUUUUGAUGUGCUUGUCGUUAGCGUGCAGUUCUGGCCUGAACUCAAAGAAGAAACGUUAAAAAUUCCUCGUGAGGUGACCGAGGACUUCGAUAAAUUCCGGAAAGAGUAUGAAAUUCUCAACGGAAAUCGUACUGUGAACCUUAAGCCUCAAUUAGGCUACGUGGAUUUGGAUGUAGAGAUGGAUGAUGGUACUUGCAAGACGUUCAAGUGUUCGACCGGGCAAGCUGCCCUUAUCAACCUAUUCCACGAACAUAAUCAGUGGAAGAUGUCGGAUAUAGCAUCGACACUAGAAUGCUCCCGCAUCACGGUGAAGCGAUGGGCUUCGUUUUGGGUAUCGACAGGUAUCUUGCGAGAAGCAGCUGGCGGGGAAACACUCGUUGUUGCCGCUAGCGGUGAAGACGUUGGCGCUGAAACCGGAGUCGAUGACCCCAUUGACGAAGUCGAUGAUGACGAAGAGGAUACUCCGAAGGCGAAUAAGCAAAUGGAAACCAAAUACCAGGUAUAUUGGAGUUUUGUUCGAGGUUUGUUGACGAACCUGGGUCAAGCUCCACUAGACCGCGUGUUCUCUAUGCUGAGCAUGUUUGUGUCACAAGCAUCACAGGAAUUUACCCUACAAGAUUGCAAACACUUCCUCGAUACGAAAGUACGAAGUAGCGAGCUGAUUUACCAGGGUGGGGUUUACACCCUUGCGAAAUAAUGACAUGCAAAACUGUAUAUGAGUUCUAUGUAUGUUUGUUAAAUGUAUCCUUGUUAGCUAGAGGAAAAACGCUCUGCAUAACCUGAUGUCUUAAAGGACAAUUUGCUAUAAAUAUGUUAACAAUAAAUAUUACGUAUUUAUCUAUCCUGGUAGUUACUGUAAACAUAAGUUAUCUAAAAUGAUCGUAAUCAGCCCACGAUUAGGUUUAAAUGUAUGUAAAUCGGAAUUUUUGCACGUAUACGAGAUUAUUUCGUUAGUAAUUUCAUGAAAGAGAGAUGCCUAUGAAGCAAUAAGUAUUUUAGAGAGAAUCCGUACAAAUGCUUGUUAUAAAAACCGUUUUUCUUGAUUCAUUUAACUGGUGUAUACUGCCUAAGUUUCGUUCUCGAAAGAAUCGAUUGAUGUCGAAGCAGCUUAGUAGUAAUAAAACAUUAGAUCCACUGAGCAAAAAUUGUUAUCCUAUGUUGUUAUCCACAAAAAGCACUUGCCUUUUGUGUUUCUUCGACGAGGCCUGGGGCAAAUCAUUCAUUUCUUUAAUUAAUGUUUAAUUAAUUUGUGGGAGUUAUUCGCAUUCUUAAUAUUUGAAAGGUCAAGAAGGACAUACUCGGACGAAAUGAACCUAAACCGUUGAUCUUAAAGGAAUUAUACUUCCAAUCUACGACUCCUGAGCAGCAAUGACUAAUAAGAAAUCCUAAUAAUGUGCUAUAGGUAGUGCAAAAAGUGAUAAACAAAACGGAUAAAUAUAGUAAGUAGAAUGUGUUAAUGUGUUGCGCGACAGUUGUGCACGGAACUUAUUAAGCUAGAAAGUUUAAGGCUUAACCUAUUAUCCUCAUAUUAAAAAGAGACGCUUUUGUACCUACACAGUUAUCGAAUACCAAAAGUGCAACUGAAAAUAAAAUUAAAAAAAAUUGUAUCUGA